GCCGACGCGUCUCCGUCCGCAAUUGCAGAUCCUCGACGGCAACCUUACAACGACAACCGACACUGACAACUCGGCAUAGCAUCGAAUAGUGUCGAGAAUAGCCAGACGCUACUGCGCUGCGAGGCACGCAUUCGAAAUCCCUGCGUAUGCCUCCAUAAUCGCGACUGAGAUACUCUAAGGAUAUAUCCGCCAGCAUGGCGUCCGCUCGUGAGGAUCGCAUGCAGUCGCGCAUGCGCGGGGCAGGACGUCACGUCGUCCAAGACGACUCGUUCGGUUUCGUCCUCCCUGCUGCCGAAGACCUCUCUCCCGACUCUCGGGCCGCAGCGAACCUUCCUGCGCCGUCAGAAAAACAGGAUACACUACCGCCACCACCGCCUGCUCCAGCAACAGAUGUGGACAGCGUCCUGCCCGACGCUCCCGCAGCCCGUGAGGGGCGCAUGCAGUCGCGCUUGCGUGGGGCCGGCCGGCAUCAAGUAGCAGACGACGCAUUCGGCCUCGUGCUCCCAGUUGCCGCAGAGGAGCCGCCGUCUGAGUCCGCCGACACCGUCCUGCCCGACGCACCCGCCGCGGUCCGCGCCGGACCCAACACCUCCGCCAAGCGACGACGACUCAACGGCACGAACAACAACAACAACAACAACAAUAACAACCCUGGCGCGCUCCCAUCGUCGUCCUCAAGCCCCCGACAGCCAUCGAGCGCAUCUAGGACAUCGCCCCGGCUUCGGAGGGUGAACAACAAUGCCGCUGUGGCCGUCAGUGGCACUGCAGCCCUGACGAGGGGAAAUAACCCGCUCAACUCGAGCGCGACCAAGGCCUUGUCCCAGCUUAGUCUGCAGGGACACAGUGCCGAGGAAACACCUGGAGCAACGGCCGCCCUGGCAGCACUGUCAGUGCAGGAUGGACCUGCGGGUAACGACGACGAUGUGGACGAGGAGAUGGACCUGCCGCCGGCCACGAAGCCAGCCAGAAGGCCGAACGGCACAAAAGCAGCAGCAGCUCUCUUGCGGUCAUCACCCAGUUCGGACCCCACGCAGCGCACCGAAGAAGUCGUCGGCGAGAGUCCCCUCGACGCACCGGGGAGCGGUCGCAGGCAGCGCGUGAGGCAGCAGCUCGACCAGGUCGCCAGCCAGAGCGCGCGGCUACAGCGUGCUGUCAUGGAGGCCGAUGCGCGGCGGACCGGGGAUGGUGCUGCCGCGGCGGGAGGUUUCGAGCCUGCCACGUCGUCCCCGCUUGCGCGCAAGACACGGAAGAGCACGGCUGGCGCGUCGCAGCAGCAGACCAACCCCCGAACAGGCAAGACUGCGACGACGACGACGAGGGCGAGGACGGCGGCACAGCUUUCAUCAAGUCCAGGCGAUGGCGGUAUCGUGGAUCCGCUGUCAUCGGAUCCAGCUCCAGCCGGUACUCCGGGGGCUGGCGCGCAGUCAUCUUCGCCCAGCACGCGGUCCCAGACGAGGCGUACGGCUGCGGCGGGCGCGAUUCGCGGCAGCUCCUCGCGGAACAGGGUCCAGACUGCGAGUUCUCAGGCCAGCGGGGGUGAGCAGUCUUCACCUACGCUCGAGGCGGCCAACAAUAGAGCACGUGGGCAACGGCAGGCAUCAGCAGCAGCACCGAAUGCGGCAGCGAACACGAUAGCCACAAAUCUUGGGCCGAAAGGCCGGCGGCGGCCACCUGUCGUUCCUGACUUUCCUGAACAGGUGGCCAAGGAGGGCAGGAAAGCGGCGGCGGCGGCAGCAGCAGGACAGCAUGGAGAGCAAGAAGAAGAAGAAGACGACGACGCCGCCGCCAAACAUGUAUCCGACAGCGAAGCCGCCGCUCGGCUCGCAAAAAAUCGCAAGCGAUCGCGCGCCGAGACAGCCACGGCUGCUGCUGCUGCUGCAGUUGCGUCAUCGCCCUCGUCGCCCGUCAGACCAUCCCCAGAGCUCAACUCGGAACCGCCAGAUUCUGCGCGGCCCGCAAAGAGGCGGCGCGACGUUGGCAACGAGCUACGGGAGCACAAGAGAAAGAAGACUGGUAGCAGUCACAAGGACAGUCCGGCGAAACAGGCCCAGCCCAAGCCUGCGAGGACGAAGGCGAAGGCGAAGAAGCAAGAUCCCAACAAACCGCGUCGAAGGAGGAGGAGCAGCGGAGGAGGAGGAGCCAACGACGGGGACGACGACGACAACGCCGAUGAAGCGGAGGCCGGCAAUGAUGUCAUCCCCAUCACCGUGCAGCGCUACACACGCCCAUCGGCGGCGGCACUCCGACGGCGGCGCCGCGAAUCACAUCAGCAGCAGCAGCAGCACAUCGGUGGCUCUGGCGGCGGCGGCGGUUCUGAUGACGACGACGACGUGCUGAUGCUCGAGGGCGCGGAGAUCCCCUUUGCGGACCGCAGCGGCGUCAACGCCAUUGACGUGCUGACGCAGAUGUGCGAGGAGGUGAUUGACGCGACGCUGGAGAAGAUGCAGCAGCGCGCUGCCGCUGCCGCCGCUUCCACGGAGGACGGUGCCGGCGGCGUGUCGCAGACCAUGAGGAAGGAGAUCCGGACCAAGAUGCGCGCGCUGGAGGCGUUUCAGGAGGAGCUGAGGACGAGGUUGUUGGAGCACACCAUCGCCCUAGACGGCUUGCACUCGCUGCGCAAGCGGGUCCGCGCCGCGCAGAGGGAGAAGCUGAGCCUGCGGUCUGAGAUACUGCGGAUCCGGGCCGAGAGGCAGGAGGUUGCGCUCAAGAUGGACGCCGUACGGAUACGGCAUGAGCAGGAGAAUGCAGAGACACUGCACCAACUCGCUCUAUCCUCGACGAUGCAUGAUAUUGAGCUGGCAGUGGAGAAUGGCCGGUCUGCUGCUGCUGCCGGGGGCGGCGCGAACCGUGACAGCGACGGCAGCAGUAGUGCCAGGAUGGCGAACUUGGAGAUCAAUAUUGGUCGGAUGGCGGAGCAGGCCUGUGGAGGAGGAGGAGGAGGAGGGAACCUGCGCAAGAUCCGCGAGUUCAACGCCAUGCUGGAACGGGCUGCCGCCGUGUUGGAAGGGCGGUGAUCUUUCCGAUUUUGGAAGGGGGAAUUGGUGGAUUGCCAAUGGGGCAAGUUUUGUUUGAUGAUGAUUGUGAUGAAUGUUAUGAAGUCAUGACAGGCCGCCAAGAGGUUGGAUUAGAGUGGCCAACGAUAGAGGCUGUGGGAUUCGAAGCGCGGAUGCCCAUCUUCCUCGGAGCCGAUGAGGCUCCGGUACUUAGCUUGGCCGUCCCAUGUAAGCCCGGCACGCACCAAAUUGCCCAGGCCAAGACGCGGUGCACGCCCUUUUCGAAAUACACGUGAAUGCGCCUCUUG